AUGAAACCAGAAGACCUUCUUCGCCACCCACUCCACACCCAAACCCAAAAACUCACCCUCAACUGCCCCCUUCUCGACCUCCUCCUCCACGGCGGUAUUCCUUGCGGCACCAUAACCGAAAUCGCCGCGGAGAGCGGCGUCGGGAAAAUUCAAUUCUCCCUCCAGCUCCUCCUCGCCGCCCAACUCCCCGCUUUACGUGGAGGCCUCUCUGAAUUUCCCUUCCCCUUCCGCCGCCUGCACCAAUUUUCGCUAUUUUAUCGAUCGCAUGUCCCUGAUAAUCCGCUAGACUGCAUUUUUAUUCAACCCGAGACAAGCAGAAAUUCUGGUUGUUUGAAACUGCAGUGCAAUAUCGUAGUAAAUGCGCCAGAUAGGAACAAACUGAACUCUGAAGUUGACAGCUGUUCAGUUGGUCGUUAUUAUCGGAGACCCUUCAGAGGGAUCCUGUGA